CUUUUUCUCUUUUCCUUUUUCCCCCUGCCUGUUUUUAUUUUACGACGCAUGGUUGACCAUGAUCGAAAAGGAAAAAAACGUGCCACGACACCUCCAUUAUCCGACCCCAAUCCUAGUUCAUCCGAUGACGGUUUCCAGGCCCCCCCCCCCGGUAAUUCCAAAACGUGGUCCAAGGAUCAAAACUGCUCAUGCCAAAAAAAGGCGAAAAGCGAUGGAAUCCAGGCUCCGACAUCCGACCAAGAAGGAGAAGCAUCGUCAUGUACUUCCAAAAAAAAAACCAAGAGCGAGAUCAAGUUUGAACAUGCGAACAAAAAACGCAGUGCCAAGCAUGAAGCGAAGGCCAAAGAGGCGGAGGAAAAAGCGAUGAAAAAGGCAGCGAGCGGUGUUGCAGUUGUCUGUCCGACAUGCCAUCAACUUGAGCAGAGUCGCUCCUCCAACAAAGCAUGCCUAAACUAUCGCCCCAAGCGCAUCAAUGCAAGCGAGCUGAAGCGAACAUCCAUCAUUAAAACUUCGCUCAAAAAUACUUGCAGGAACGAAAGAUUCAUCGCCGCGUUACAGAAAGUCGUCGAGCAUGUUCGCGAUGUAACUUAUGUUGGUUCGCUCUUCGCCAAUCUUCAUAUUUUACGAUGUAUCAAUGAAAACCAACGGCUUCCAUCUUUCUCGCACGGAUUGUUCUACGAUCUUUUCAGCACGAUCAUGGGAAAAGGCAGCAAGGCCACUGCGGAGGUCAAAGAAUCGAUUCCAGCAAGUUCCCACUUUUUACACCAAGGAAUUUAAGUUACUUAUCUAUUUCAACGGUGAUCAGUGAAGUGGCCAAGCAAUACGACGAAAUAGCGCGGAACCAUGUGGUCUCUAAUUUCAAACCAAAAACGGUUCAAUAUCUACUGAUUCGCCUUUCCGAUGACCAAGGUUCAUUUUUUUUUUCCAAGCAUUCCCGUUUCCGGAAAAGAUUGAU